UUGGUUAUAGAAAAAAAAGAAUAAUUUGCAGUCGGUGAUUCGACGGUUGGGUGGCGUAAAUCCGACAUCCAUAUUUUGCUGCAAUUAAAACAGAAAGAAACAGAAAAGAAAGCGGCGCAUUCGUCUCCUCUGCAUCUCCCCAGCUCAGACCCAGCCAUGGACGCGACGACACCAGCACACACGGUUACGAAGCAGCAGCAGCAGAGGAAGAAGCCAACCAACAUAUAAGAAACCCUCCCCUCACCAUCGAUGCCACCGAAUCCCGUCCCCAUGGCCGUCUCCCCCUCUCGUCGUCCCUCGUCGUCGCCUCCUUCCCCGCCCGACCCAGAUCCCGACCUCCUCCGCCACCUUCUCCAGCUCUCCCGUGACGUCUCCCCGUCACCGCCCCCAUCGUGGCACGCCUCGCUCCGCGUCGGUCACAACUUCUCCUCCGUCCCCCGCAACUUCAAACAGCUUUCUCUUCUCUUCGAGGAGCUCCUUCAGCACACGCGAGGCUGCGACUUUGCGAUGCCGCGCUCGGCUUCGCUCUGCUUUCGCGAGAUGUUUCUUGUCUUCCACCGUGUCAAGGCACUCUUUCACGACAGCUCCGGCCGCAGCCGCGCCUUCCACCUCUUCCGGGCCGAGCGCCUCGCCGCCGAGCUCCACGAGCAAGUCGUCGACCUCGCCACCCUGCUUGACAUCCUCCCGUUGGCGGAGCUUCCGGUCUCUGAGGACGUGAGGGACCUCGUCCGCCUCCUCCUCCGCCAGUUCCGCCGCUCCUCCACCGCCGUCGAACCCGCCGCUCUCUCCCUCCGCCGGGACGUCCUCGAGCUCAUCGCUGAAAUCGAGAGAGGGGCGGUACCCGAUCGGGACGCGCUGCAGGGGAUCUUCCUGCGGCUCGGCCUCGAUGACUCCAGGAGCUGCGGCCGUGAGAUCGACCGCCUCGAGCGCGAUAUCGGUGAUUGCGCCGCCGACCAUAGGUGGGCGCCCGUCAUGGUGGCGCUCGCUGGGAUCCUCCGCUACGCCAAGUGCGUCCUCUUCGGCGCCUCGAUUCCGAGGUCUGACUCUUCUGCCGCCGCAGGCGGUAAACAAUCGUCCUCCGCGUUGGAGAACAUCACGGUGCCGGCGGACUUCCGGUGCCCAAUCUCGCUGGACCUGAUGCGGGACCCGGUGGUGGUGGCCACCGGGCAGACGUACGACCGAGAGCCCAUUGUCCGGUGGAUCGGCUCCGGACACGCCACCUGCCCCAAGUCCGGCCAGUCGCUCGCCCACCUCGAGCUCGUCCCCAACCGCGCCCUGAAGAACCUUAUAGCCCGGUGGUGCCACGACAACAACGUCCCCUUCGACGCAUCUGAUCGUAACGUCACCGCUACCGUCACAAGCAACAACAAGAAGCCUGCCGAUCGCGACAUUACCACCCCAGCCGGAACGAACAAGGCGGCGCUGGAAGCGGCGAGGAUGACGGCGUCCUUCCUCGUGGGAGAGCUCGCAGUGGCGCCGUCGACGGAGGCCGCGAACCGCGUCGUCCACGAGCUCCGGUUGCUAGCUAAGCACGGGUCCGACAACCGCGCAUUUGUGGCGGAAGCCGGCGCGAUCCCCCUCCUCCUCCCGCUACUCCGGUCGGACGACACGGGGCUCCAACUCAACGCCGUAACGGCGCUGCUCAACCUGUCGAUCAUGGAGGCCAACAAGCGGCGCAUCAUGCACACGGACGGCGCCGUCGACCUCUUCGUCCACAUCCUGGCGAAGGGCGCCACGUGGCGGGCGAAGGAGAACGCCGCCGCCACCGUGUUCAGCCUCACCACCGUGCACUCCUACCGGCGGCGGCUCGGGCGGCACCCGCGCGUCGUGGAGUUGCUGCUGCAGAUGGCACGGGUGGGCCCCGCCAACGCGAAGAAGGACGCGAUGGCGGCCAUCAUGGGACUCGCCGGGGACCGCGAGAACACUGGGCGGCUGGUGGAGGCCGGGGUCGUGCGAGUGGCGCUGGAGGUCUCCGGGGAGCCGGAGGCGGCGGAGGAGGCCGUGGCAGUGUUGGCUGCGGUGGCGAAGAAGGGAGGAGCAGAGGCGGUGGCGGAAGCGGAGGGGGCGGUGGCGAGGCUGGUGGGUGUGCUUCGACGGGGGUCGGACUGGGCGAGGGAGAGCGCGGCGGCGGCGCUGGUGGAGGUGUGCCGGCAGUCGGGCGCGGAGGUGGUGGCGGAGCUAGUGGCAGUGCCGGGAAUCGAGUGGGUGAUAUGGGAGCUGAUGGAGGCGGGGACGGAGCGCGCGAGGCGAAAGGCGGCGGCUCUGGCGCGUAUAUGCCGGAGGUGGGCGGCAGCGGUGGAGGCGGAACGAACGGCCAGAUACUCGGAGAUGAGCAUACCCGCGUCGUCCACCACCGUCUCAUGAUCGAAAGAUGAAGCUGAGAAUUCCAGUUGUCUUCGUCGGUGUACAGUCAGGAUUAGUUAGUUAGUUCUGCUGCUGAGAAUCGGACGGCCGUGAUUCUUUCUCAUCAACUGUGCAUAACUGAGUGAUUUAUAUUUCUUUUAAUUUAUGAUACCGACAAUAAUACUCGACCACUGAA